CAUGGGAUAGUUGUCAGAGGGCUGGAUGAGGUCAGGAAUUCUCACCAUGAGGUCCCUGAUCCUGGCUCCAGGCAGUCAGCAGAUCUCACACGCUAUGGGAUCCAGAUGACAGAUAGGUCCCUCUGUUCCUCUCAGCAGGGACUCACCCACAAUGAUGAUGCAGUGUUUCUUCUUCUGCUUACCUGGCCAGCCCUCAGCUCGCUCGGUAAUGGCAGCAGGCCCCUCCAGUGCACUUUCCCCCACUACACACUCCUCCAGUGCAGCCAGGGCCUCAUACUUAUUCCCCAACUGCACCGGAGGAGCUGUCUCUGCAGUGAGAGGCCUGACCCCUAAGAUGACCAUCCUCCACGCACCAGCAUCUGCUUCAGGGCAUUCCCUCGCAGCUUGUCCGCCAGACAUCUUGUGCCCCGGACCCCACGUCCCUUCUGGGGGAAGACAGGCUCAGCCUCACGCUGUCUGCUUUUCUCCUCCCUUGCAGGGCUACGUUAAAGAUGUCCAUGAAGACUCCGUCACCAUAGCCUUUGAGAACAACUGGCAGCCCGAGAGGCAGAUUCCCUUCAGUGACGUGCGCCUGCCCCCGCCCACUGACUAUAGCAAGGAGAUCACGGAAGGGGACGAAGUGGAGGUCUACUCCCGAGCCAAUGAGCAUGAGCCGUGCGGCUGGUGGCUGGCCAGGGUCCGCAUGAUGAAAGGGGACUUCUAUGUAAUCGAAUAUGCUGCCUGCGACGCCACCUACAAUGAGAUUGUCACAUUGGAGCGGCUUCGGCCUGUCAACCCCAACAAAGUGGCCAACAAGGGCACCUUCUUCAAGCACACCAUCGCCGUCCCGGAUGACCUCAAGGAGGCGUGCUCAAACGACAAUGUGCACAAGGAGUUCAAGAAGGCAGUGGGCGCCAACUGCAUCUUUCUGCACGUGGCCAGCAGCGAGCUCUACAUCCUGUCCACGACGGAGUCGACAGUGAAACGAGCCUCACUGCUGGGCGACAUGCACCUGCGCAGCAUCCGCACCAAGCUCCUGCUCAUGUCCCGCAAUGAGGAGGCCAACAAGCACCUGGAGACCAGUAAGCAGCUGGCCUCGGCCUUCCAGGAGGAGUUCCGGGUGCGUGAGGACCUGAUGGGCCUGGCUAUCGGCACGCAUGGCGCCAACAUCCAGCAGGCGCGGCGCGUGCCUGGCGUCACCGCCAUUGAGCUGGAUGAGGACACAUGCACCUUCCGCAUCUACGGCGAGACACCCGAAGCCUGUAAGCAGGCCCGCAGCUACCUGGAAUUCUCCGAGGACUCGGUGCAGGUGCCCCGGAACCUUGUUGGUGAGUUCCCAGCAGCCCCUGGGGCUACAGUGGCCUGGUGGAGCCUGGCAUUCAGUGCGGGUGUUGUUUCCCCCCUGAUUAACCCUUUUCUGCCCCGCCCUCAGGGCAUGGUCCCCUUCAUCUUUGUGGGGACGCGAGAGAACAUCAGCAAUGCCCAGGCCCUGCUAGAGUAUCACCUUUCCUACCUGCAGGAGGUGGAGCAGCUGCGCCUGGAGCGGCUGCAGAUUGAUGAGCAGCUCCGGCAGAUUGGGAUGGGCUUCCGGCCGCUGUCCAGCCGGGCUGACAAGGAGCGGGGUGGCUAUGCCACCGAUGACAGCACCUCGUCCUCCCUGCACGGCCCCCGCACGUAUGGCGGCAGCUAUGGUGGGCGGGGCCGUGGGCGCCGCGGGCCCAACUCUGGCUAUGGCACCAGCUCGGACAUGUCCAAUGCCUCGGAGACGGAGACAGAGAGGCGGGAUGAGGCAGAGCGCCCGGCGGGUGGUGAGAGGGACCCCCACCCCCGCCCCGAAGAUGGGCGGCGGCGCCCGGGAGUGGGCCGGGGCCGGGGGCCCCCUCAAACCCCCCGGGGUGGGGGAGGAGGGGGCAGCAAGUACAGCAGCUCUUCCAUCAGCUCAGUGCUCAAGGACCCCGACAGCAACCCCUACAGCCUGCUGGAUACGGCCGAGACGGAUGCCACGGCUGAUACGGACGCCAGCGAGUCGCAGCCAGUCCCCAGUCGCCGGCGCCGCUCCCGGCGCCGCCGCACUGAUGAGGAUGCCACCGUCAUGGAUGGAGCCACCGAGUCUGAUGGACUCUCGGUGGCUGAAAAUGGCCUGGAGGAUGACUCAAAACCCCAGCGACGCAACCGGAGCAGGCGCCGCCGUAACCGUGGCAACCGCGUGGAUGGGUCCAUCAGCCGGGACCGGCAGCCAGUGACUGUGGCCGACUACAUCUCCCGGGCAGAGUCCCAGAGCCGCCAGCGUCCCCCUCAGAAGGAGCCGCGGGAGCCCUCUGCUGAGGGCUCCACCCCCCAACAAAAGACGGACACCAUUGCUGCCACUGCCAAAGUGGCCAAUGGCCCCUCGGAGAAUGGGGACCUGGCUGAGCUCCCUGCCCCCCCGGAGGUUGCCGCCCUUGUCAAUGGGGUCUCCUAAAUCUGGCCCUGUCCCCCCUUUGUUAAUUAACGACACCCCCCCUUAAUUAACCCCCUGCUUGCAUCUGGAGCCAGCCACCUCCACCCAUCUCUCUCGCUCGUGCCCCACCCCACGCCGCCGCGCUCGCGACUCUACCUGCUGCCGCUUGCCAAAGAGAGGGAAUGCUGGUCAGGGCCCGCUCCACCAUUAGGGCCUAAUGAGGCGGCUUCUUCCCUUGAUUCCCUGGGGUGGUGAGUGGGGGGUAAGAGAUCUUCCCUGCCCUACCGUUUGGGGGAGGGGGGCAGCUGUAAUUAAUACCCCCCUCGUUAAUUAACCCUGGGAAGCCCCACUGAGACUUUUUUUGUGCCUUCUGAGAUCUGCCCGGAGCGAGAAAAGUCCCCACCCGCAGGUCUUCUAUGCCCUGCCCCUUUUAUUCCACCCCCCACUGUCCCCUCCCUUUAAAACAGGCCCAGAAUGGCCCGUUUUCAACCCAAACAUCUCCCCAGUCUUUAUGUUUUUGGAAGCGUUGAAGGAGCCACAGUCUUUUUUCUUCUUGGUACCCCCCCAUGUGGGGCCCUCAGUUGAGUUCUUUUCUGGGGGCGAGGGGGGAAUAACCCUAGGAGGUGGAUGGAUUUUUCUGUUGCUCCUUUUCUGACACUGUGGAAGGG